AAAUCAAUGGGCAAAGUUUAGUGAGAAAAGUUGUAGGGGAAAUUUUUAUUGUACAAGCUUGGGGUGGGGAAUAUGGCCUAAUCAUCAUCAUCGUCAAUUAUGUAGUGUGUGGGAUCUUGAUGAGGUAUUUCGCCUUCAUCAUCCCCCUCUUCGUCGUCGUCUUCUUCAGCUUCUUCGUCAUCCAAGUCCUCAUCCUCUUGGAAACUGUGGUGGUCAAAUUCAUGAUCGUCAUGAUGUUCCUCUUCCUCCUCUUCUAUAUCUUCGUACUCUUGGAGGGGCUCAUCAUCAUCGUCUUCUUCAUCGUAUUGAUCUUGUUCCUCGGGUUCAUCGUCUUCAUAUACGACAUCUUCGCUAUCCUCUUCAAUCUCAUAAUAAUUUCCGGUAUUGUGUUGAAUUGAGUCAUGACAAUCUUCUUCAUGCUCAUCAUGGUCCUCGGGCUCUUCAGUCAUUUCAUGGUCUCGGUCUCCAUUGAAAGGUUGAC